ACUGACCUGACCUCUGGGUGGCCAAUCGAACUGCCCGGGGCACAGCGCCCGCCAGUCGCCGGGCCGCCACAGUCACGGUUGUGCGCGUGGACCGUGCUGUGAACUGUGCGAAUGCUAAAUACCGCAUUGCUCUACGAUUUACCUUGCAGUUUAUUAUAGGGAUUUAAUACGAGUGUGAACUAAAUGUUCGCAGCACUGCUAUAAGCACCCAGGAUACGUGGGCUUCAUAGGUGACACCGCUAGUCGGCCGUCGGCGAUGAUGACUCCGGAGCAGACAGAUACCACUGAUGACGACCGCCAGGUCGGACAGGCGGGCCGGAGCGACGUGGUCGGCCGGCUGGAUCACGCUGAACCGAACGGAACAUCAACGACCUCGGUCCCACCGCUGUGGUGGCUGUGCUCUGCGCGGCUGAAACCGCUGGUGUCCCGUUCCAUAAUCCUGCAGGUCACACUGGCCGUCAUCGCCUGUGCUCUGUUCGUGGAGCUCAGCGCAGGUCCCAGGCCGACGAUUGCGCCAAAGUCGCAGACGAGUGCAUCGCUCCCAGUGGCUGCGGCCGCCCCGCGCGUCUGCGACAGCCUGGGCUGUGUGGUGACCGCAGCUCAGACAGUCCGCUACGCCAACCGCUCCGUCGAUCCGUGUACAGACUUCUUCCACUUUGCGUGCGGCCGGUUUGCCGAGGCGCACACGUCCGACUCGCGAAACGCGCUCGGGGUGCGUGACGUUCUCCGGCGGCGGAACAGAGAGCGGCUGCUUCAGCUGCUGAGCCAGUCUCAGCACUUCAACAGCUCGUCGGCCAUCAGCAAGGCGCGCCUAUUCUUCUUCUCGUGCGUCCAGGCGUUCAGGGUCAGCCUGAACAGUGUGGCUGACCUGGUGAGUGUUCUGAAGCCGCUCGGAGGUCUGGACCUCCUGAACACCUGGCGGCCUGACCAGUGGGACUUCAACACCGUGCUCGCCAACGCCAGCCGCCUUCACCUCACACAGGCAUUCUUCACGCUCACCUGGGACCGUGAGCUUGACGUGCUGGAUGUGAAGCUGCCCAAGCUGUCAGCCGACUUUCCGCGCUGGGACGUGGGAAGCAGCCGGUACCACGCCGUCGAGGCACGUGUCGGUCGGGCGAUGCGCGAGGUGUUUUACUAUAUGGAGAAGGAUGCAGAGGUUCUGAUCCGCGACAGCAAGCAGCCCAACGCGGCGGUACCCCGAGACUGCACACUCAAUGCCUCUAACAGUUCAGACAUAAACGCUGUGUCCCCUUGCGUGGAGGAGAUCGUCCGGGACAUCCUGUCUGUUCAGGGGGAGCUGUUUGCGAUCGACCCUAAGCGUUGGAGUCAGUCGUCCUUUGCGCCUUCGCUUACAGUGAAGGUGACGUUCGCUGAGAUGGUCCGCCUCGUGCCGCAGAUUGACUGGCGUCGCCUGCUGGACGCCCUGUUCGGGAAGAACUCUGUGCCCGACUCCGUCCUCUUCCAAAUACCCUCUCGCGAGCACAUGGUCGCAGUGGGUCGCAUCAUAGAGAACACGCGCAUCAAGCGGCUCCAUCACUUCCUGAUGUGGCCGGUGAUCAGACGUUACCUGGUGGCCAUCGGACCCAUUUACGCCACGCUCGGCGAGGAACUGAACCGCAACUAUGACUCUGAGCAGCUCAAGACCCGGGAGGAACAGUGUCUGGGGCUUAUGGACGAGCACAUGGCGCCGGCCGUGCACGCUCUGCUGCUCUCGCUUCACAUCGGUCAGGAUAGUGUCAAACAUGUUCGCAGACAUCUGCUGAACGACGUGAUCGAUCAGCUGAACGAGAGCUUUGGCUGGAUGUCCGAAGAGACGCAGCGUAAGGCACGGUUCGCUUUGCGCAACCUUAACAUCAACUUUGGCUAUACCAUGCUAAUUCAGCUCGAAAAUGCACUGGAUUUGUACUACAGACCUAUCGAUUUCCACGUCCUUGACUUCUUCGGAAAUUUGAAGGAAUUAUACGAAUUUAACCGGCCAGGUAAAAUCUUAUAUGAGUUUCCGACCAAAGGUCCACCAGAGAGCGUCCCAAUCCAGCACAUAUUCGCUCACAACACGCUGUGGAUCCCGUUCGGAGCGCUCCAAGCUCCCUGGUACCAUGUGGACGUUCCAGCAGCGCUGAACGCUGCCUCGCUCGGCUCCCUGAUCUUCGAGGCGCUGGCAGUGCCGUUCAUCCAGAUCCACAUGUCCCCGCAGAAUCUGACGGACAUCUGGGAUCGCGAAACUGAGAGUCGCUUCGAGCACUACUACAACUGCUUGUUGGAGAAGGUCCGUGAGCGACCGAUUCGCCAGGAGCUGGCUGUAAUUGAGCCCGCUCGCAGCGGACUCCGGUUCGCAGCGUACAGCAUGCGCGUCGACCCAGUGCCGGCCACCUACUACAUGAUGGCAGACCAGUUCGCCUACCAGCUGUCCUACCGGCUCUUCGAGCGUCUGACAUCCCAGAACAACGAGUCCUCGGUGCUGGUGCCCGGCCUUCCCAUCACCAGCGCCAGUCAGGCCUUCUUCAUGGCGUUCACGCAGGCCCGCUGUCGGAACGACUACGCUCUGUGGGACGAGUCCCUGGUGGGAGCCUCCAAGACGCUGCAGGUGCCUGAGUCAUACGUCAUCAACCAGCUGGUGCAGGAUGAUCCUCGCUUCAGAGAGGCGUUCAAAUGCGAGCCGCUACCACCGGCAGGGACUGACAGGGAGGUUAGGCAGUGCUCCCUGUUCUAAAGCGACCUGAUUAUCUUGCUGUUGCUGAGACCAAGUGCCAAAUUGCAACCAAAUAUAUGUCACGUUUGUCUGGGAAAGGUG